CUCAAACACGGAAGAAGAGGGGAAGGUAAACGGUGGAGUGACGUUUGUAGCUAACGGAGCCAUGUGAACCACAGUUUACUGGACUCGAAACCCGAGUAUUUUGGGGCUUCGUCAGGCCUGAACAGAAAAACAUAACACCUAAUGACAAGCAAAAUAAAAUGGCUUUUGCAAACCUGUUCACGAGACUGUCUGUGGUUGAAGAAGAUGUCAGGAGCCCUGAUCAACCAGCCUUUACACACCGGAACGACACUGACAAUGGCAAAAGAGGCAAUGCCAGAAAGAGGAAAACCCAGGGUGAGCAGGCUGGCCCUUACUCAAAGAAGCGAUGUUACCAAGCCCAAACAACCAGAACUUAUAAUGCUACAUCCUUCAAAGACGAUGACUCCAAGGCUAUACGCUACCAUAUGCAGAACACUUAUAGUGAACACGCAAAUGUUGAUUUCAACAAAGAGGUGAUACAUAACCAAAGAAAUAAAGCUGGCUACAGUAAUGUGUAUCACAAAGGUCAGAAUUACAAAACCAAAAAUAAUCAUCAUGCAAACAAUCAGCAACAACAAAAAAAGAAGACCGAGAGGCAGAACAAUCGGCAUCAGCAGAAGGGUAGAGGGAAGCCUGCCAAUAGAGGUGGCAGCCAUCAGACAAGACCUACAUGGAGAAACGGUAGAUGGGACGAUAAAGAUAAUAAGCAGGACUUCCAAGCAAAAAAGCCGAGGUCCAUGACACAGGAGUUCAUGGACCAGAACGCUUUGUUGGUGGAUGGGCGGUUACUUUGUCGACAUUUCAUGUGGGGAAGGUGCCUCAAGGGUGACGACUGCCAACUGGAACAUAUUCAGGGUUACAAUGACCUCAUCAAAGAAGUUUGCAAAUUUUACGUCCAAGGAUUCUGCACGAAAGGGGACAGCUGCCCGUACAUGCACAAGUCCUUCCCCUGCAAGUUCUUCCAUAAAAAAGGAAAAUGUUCUCAAGGAGCAGAUUGCAGGUUUUCACAUGAGCAGCUUAAUGAUGUCACUACCAAACUGUUGGAUGAGGCACUAAAACGGGAUAAUGACCUUUAUGAACUUGCGAAAAAAGCCGAACAAGAGUCGUCAGGACAACCAGCGAACACGGACGAGUCUGAAAUUCUAGAAGCCAAUACAACCCCUGAUAUACUUCUACAACCACUUAGGCCUAACUUUUACAAAAGCGCAGACACAAAUGCUGAGAAGGAAGCCUUGUUAUGUCAGACUGAAGAACUGGCUGAUUUCAUGAAGGAAGCUGUCCCAUCACAUGAGUCAAAUGCCACCCAGCCUCAUGGCCCCCCAUCACCUAAGCUUAGUCAUGAGGAGCCAGUUUGUUAUUCAGUUGAAGCAGUGCUUGGACCUCAGCUGUCCAGACCUUUCUCUAGUUUCUUCACAACUCCAGGAAGUCAACAAUCUGCCCCUCUCACGUCUUCUGAUUGCACACCCGGCUCUGCAAACCAAAGCAAAGUUCCCUACUCUGUUGAUGCUGUUCUCAGGUCUUGUAAAUCAGUGGGAUAUUCUACCCUUGAACACACGCCUGGCCCUCCUACUGCACAAACAGUUUCCUAUAGCCCAAAAAGUUACUUUGAGAACACUAAGCCUUUUCUAAACUCAGAAACCCAAAAUGAGAAGGUGUUAUAUUCGAUAAAUACCAGAAAUGAGGAGAAGAAAUCCCAGGAAAAAAUGUUCAAGAGCCUGUCAUCCCUCCAAAUGCACCCUGGCCGGAUUUCAAAGACCAGCCCUAAUCUUACUCUGGCCUCGGGGGAUCACAAGAAACAAGGUGGGGAUAUGCCAGAGUCCCUGAAACCUGCCCAAAGUGAUUCUCAUGAAGUCAAGUUGGAAUUGGUGCAUUCUCGUGUCACUGUGGCAGAGAAGUCUGCAUCCUCCAAAAGCAAAGGAGAUAUGAAAGGAGGCACGCAACUGCCUACGGACAGUACAUGCUCUGUAAACUGUAAAAGUGAUGGUCUUCCUUUUGGAUCCAAUAAGAACAAAAGCAUUUUUUCAAGGCCCCCUAGUAAGACACCUACUUCCGAACGUCCAACACAACUGACACCACAUCUCUCUGUUCAGAGAGCUGACUCACAAGCCUCAGUAAAGCCUUUUUAUCCCUCUUCAGGUUUCACAGAGAUUAAAGGUGGAGGUGCGGCUCCUGUUGAACCUGCCACCAGCUCCUUUAAGACAAGUGAAACUACAAACUCGGUCAGUUCUCAUUUUGCUGCAAAACAACCCACUGAGAUCCACCUGCACUCCAAAAAGACACAAUCUGACCUCAAACUUGGCACAGAACAUCAUUCAACUGAAACCACAGCACAUUGCAGCAGUAAAGUGGCACAUUGUGGUGAUUUGGCAGUUGGGUGUAAAAAGACUAUGAAAAGACCCGUUCAUAGCCUCUUCGCAGGCCCCAUCACUGACACUCUGCAGCCUUUAGACGAUUCUGUAACAAGUUCCUCUUGUCCUCAGGGUUUAAUUCAGUCUUCCUGCCCUGCUCCACAGUCUGCAGAUUGCAGAAGUACUCCUGCUAAAACUGUGCUUGAACCUGACAAAGCCUCUGCCAGGUCCUUCCUCAGCCUUUUUGCUGCCCCUCUCAGUGCUGCUCCUCUCCCACACAUGCCGCCUCAACCAGAUUGUUCAAGGACUUCCUCCUGUUCUCAACAGUCAAACCAGUCCAUUGAUAACACAUCUCAUUCAUCAGACUCCAAACAAAGAGCUUCUAAUUUAGAGACACCUCUCCCACUACAGGUCAGAACUGAUGUAAAAGAAAUCUCUCCCUUGCCAAGAUCCCCUAAUUUCUCUUCUAAUCCUAAAAUUGGAAACGAAGACAGUCCUGAGCAUGUAAAUCAGCAUACAAAGCAGCUGUUGAAUCCCGUCUGUAGCCUUGUGUCCGAUUCUCUCGGUGAGAUGUCUACCGAUCCUACUCCUUGUGGUAACAGUCCAUUUACAACCCAUGUUCGUGAGCAGCUGCCCGACAUCUCAAAUCACAAAGUAGACUCUGCAGCAGCAGCCACUGCAAAUUCAGUUCUGAAGACUCUGUUUCUGUGCCUGAGCCCCUACCAACAGGACAGCAUUCAGAUCAGUGUCCCUUCAGAAAGUGACACAAAGGACAAAAGCAGUACGGCGUGUGUCUCUGAGAAGCAACAGCAGGAAGCUAAGAAAAAGGGGAGGCGGAAGAAGAAGCUCAAGACUCAUGAUUCUCACAAACAGUCCCCUGAAGAAACAGUUUUACAGUCAUCAGAGCACCAGCCCUUUCUUCAGACUCAUCCAGUCUUCUUGGAGGCAACAGGUGGGUCGAGUGUCGGCAGUCCAGGAAUGACUGAAUCUCAGGAGAGAAACUCUGGUACACACAACUUGCCAUUCAAACCAGUGUUGCCGCUGAUGCAGCAUUAUACCCGAUCAAGACUGAAGUACACAUCAGAGGAAGGAAAGUCGGUGAAUGGGAACAUGUCGGCCACACCACUCAAGGACCUUUUCAAGACUUUAGACGCCUCUGUUUUCCACUUCGGACAUUAACGCUGGAAUUACUCGUGUGUGGAAACACUCUUGAGUAGUCUUGCCUUGUGGUCUGUCAUGGUAAACAUCUAAUGAGGGUGUACAUAUGUAAAUCAUGUUUUUUUUAUUUCAAACCUACAGACUUUAUUGAAUUAGUCCUUUUUUGUGCCGUUUUUACAAUUAUAUUUUUCUGCACUAUCAACAUUUUUUUGAAAAUAAUUGAACAUUAAAAUAUUUUAGGUUUUAACAAGUUUUUGUUCAUUGGUGUGUAUAUAUAUAUAUAUAUAUAUAUAUAUAUA